AGGAUGCAGAAAGUAUAUUAUUUCCUCUUAGUCAACAUAAGUGCUAAGAUUAUUCCUUUUUUAUAUCUCUUAAUUAUUUUCCUUAAAUCACUAAUGAUAGAACGACACGAUUUUCAGGCAACAAAAAUCCACCGCGCCUCUUUAUCUUCACUUGCACACUUUGCUCCAACAAGAGCGCUUUGUCUUUAGCCGUUUUUUAUAGUCUCGAUAUAUUGAAUACUUAUUGCAUACAAGCUGAUUUGUCAACGCCAUCAUGCACUCAUGGCAUAUUAAUCAUAUUUACCUAUCAAUAUUUAAGACAAAAAUCAUAAAUAAAGCGCCACUGUCGGAGACAUUAGGCCUAUAUGUGGCUUGUCAAAUGAGGUGGACCUUAAAAGUGACAGAAAUUGCAGGUAACACGUGCGCAUUUCAUCACAAAACCCCCUAGAUGCCCCACUAUAAACUGCAUGUCAAAGGAGGCCGGUUCUUUUCAGAUUCGCUAUAGGUUCCCAGUAAGAAAAUGGACUUAUUUUGGCUUGCAACCUUUGCUCUGUGCAUUCAUUGUGGAUUUACACAGAAUAUUGGAGCAAACCAGAUAAGGUUCGGAAGACCUCGGCCGUUUCCGAUGGGUCCUGGCCCUGUCCGAUUUUCAAGGACACCAUUUGUUAGACCAAUUCCACCCAACAGACAAAUGAACUUUAUUCCUCAACCGUUACCCUCCCGUCGACAAAUUCUCUUCCCAAAUGCUGCAAACUCAUUUGCACCAGCGAUGCCAACAACUUCAACCCUUUUGUCUGGGUCAGUGUCAAAUCUAAACUUCGGCAGCGUUAACUCACAAGGUCAAGGUCUUGUGACCGAGCCAAGCGUUUCAGUGGAUGUAGGAAAUUUGGAUUUUGGAGCCGUUGCGGAAUCUGUGAUGACGGAUAUGUUUAGAGAAACGAUGGCUGGGGACAAUCCCUUGAGGAACAACAACGGGCUGAAUACAAACGGUCAGGCAUUCAGUCAAGGACAAACAAAUUCAGUGUUGCCUCCAGUUAACAGCGGCUCCUCCUUGGGAAGCAAUGUUUUACAAAAUAAUCCAGUCUCAAAUAAUUGGAACGCAAAUCCAGAUUCGCGGCCGCCAAUUGGUUCAGAACUUAGACCAAUACAUUUACUGAAUGGAGAGGAUCCUUUAAGCAACAGAGUGAAUACAAACGUUGGACCUGAAAUAAGACAAGCACCAUUACUUAAUGGUGCUGGUGAAUCUGCAGGAAAUAGACUUAAUAUUAAUUUCAGAGCAGAAAACAGACCGAAUUCAAACAGUAUUAAUGGACUAAAUGUUCCUCAGACACAACAAAAUGCUUCGGCCGCGGUGACCUUAGCACCGGCCUUUCCCGGUUUUGCUCCCUUACAGUUUCCGGAUUUAGGGGAGGAUUCUUGGUUUUCUUACCUUAAGGGUCUUUUAGACCGCACAAGUCCUAACCUUCAGAUAUUUUCAAAUUCAACGGGAGGUGGAAUGUAUCCUAUUCCUCAACGGCUAGCGGACCUUCCGAGAGGCACUAUGCCAAUCUAUAUUAAAAAUUUCCGGAGCAACCCUGCCUAUGUUCCGUUUCAACUUUCUGGACAACCAUUUAACUUACUCAUUCCCUUUAACAGAGAUAACCGUGAAAUGAUGUACCCAUAUUUGCCUCUUUAUAUUCCAUAUCCAAACGUAGGAAUUGAUGUACCGGAAGUUGGCAUGCGUUUCGUAGCGUAUCUUCCUUUUCAGCCUGACAGAUUCAGGACGUCAAGAGAGGGCGCUGGUGUCAUAUUUCCACAACUUUCUACCCCUGGGUCGUUUCCGGUGUAUGUUGAUCGACGACCUGUGCUUGGAAACUUAAUGCAACGGAUGGGAUGAAGUUCACUGCAUGGAACCUCCCACGACCUAAUUAGGAUGAUAUCAGAGUCUACAAAACAUUUGUACAUACUGUCUUCCAAACAAUGACUUGCAAUGAUUAGUACUUGAAAGACAAGAAGAUUCGUACCAGAAACAUUUGUGGGACCGUGUUUGAUUUUUUUUAUCGGUUCGCCAUAACUGUCCAUCCAUUUGGUUACCCCUUGACAGCAGUCCUGCAGUAAAUCAGCUCUGGAAUGUUGCGACACUGACAUUUGUAUGCUCCGUGUCUGCGAUAAAACAAAACUCGGCCCGGACUUUGAAGUUAAUUUUCUAUUGACAGCUCUGGUAUUUAUUUUUUUUUUUUAAAACUUGUAUUUUUUGUAUAUUUAUAUUGUUGUUUUUGUUUUCUAUCUGUCUUAAGAUUAAUUUUAAAAAAAUAUAAGGAAACAGGAAAAUAGAAAAAAGAAUAUUAGAAAAUACAGAAGACAAAAAUGAGUGGCACUUCAGCUUUGAACGACGUUCAGCGUCAGCUAUAUUUAUUCAUUAAAAGAGAGAACAUG